AUGCCUGACUGCGUGCUCAGUGUGCUUCGCGCUCUUUAUCAGCCCAGCUUUCUGUUUUUUUAAACCAGUCAGACUCGUUCACAUUGUGUUCUACAGGAGUCAAUGACACCAGGUCGUACCGCCACGGCUGCUGUCUUCCUGUACUAAAGACUAGGAUCUGCGUUCAGGUGUCAGGUGACGUUGCGUGUUGUUGUUUUUUUAUCCUUCAAAACAGAAGUAAAUCACAGACUACAGUAAAUGCUUUAAAAAAUAAUAAUAAUAAAGUUUACAAGUACUUUAUCUAACGUCACUGUACCAACAAUUAAAAUGGCUUUAUGAAUCAGACUGAAGACAUACGCAUUGCUACCAGUCCACCUGUAUGACGACAGCUUUCUAAUUCAGUCCGUUGCGGUUUUUUCUUUUUUUUAAGGCUUUACCCUCCAAGUGGCACCGUAGCGCUAAACUGAGCCGGCCCACCUGCUUAGUAUUUUUUUUUUUUCAGACACUCCUCAGUUUAGUCUACUCGGAACAAGGAAACACUGACAGUGAAGGCUUUGUUAUUAGUCCAAGGAAACUCCGAACUAACAGGACACAGGCAUGCUUCACAAUGGGGAAUAACUGGUCCUGGCGUCCUGAUCUUUCCAGGUGGGUGCCAGGGGCUCCAUCUAACAGGAAAGAGAAAGGUAACAGGAGCAGUCACUUGGAAAAGAAGACGUUCGAAGACCACACGUACGACGCGGUGGCUGAACUCCCCAUCUACGCGGUCGUGGACAAAAAGAAGAAGAAGAAAGAGAGGAGUCACGCAGGAGACGAGGGAGACCUGCAUUACGCAGAGAUCCAGCUGCUAACCGAUCCAGCCUCGAAGCACCACCACCACCGCUCCCUCAGCAGCAAGAGGGUGAAAGAGCAACAGCAGAACAACAACAACGCCACACUGUAUGCCACCAUAGACUUCACUGCAACUCACACAGCAGAGCCUAGACCAGCACACAGCACAGCAAGAAACACCAUCGACUUCCCUGCAGAGCCUAGACCAGCACACAGCAGAGCAAACAACACCAUCGACUUCCCUGCAGAGCCUAGACCAGCACACAGCACAGCAAGAAACACCAUCGACUUCCCUGCAGAGCCUAGACCAGCACACAGCACAGCAAACAACACCAUAGACAUCCAUGCAGAGCCUAGACCAGCACACAGCACAGCAAGAAACACCAUCGACUUCCCUGCAGAGCCUAGACCAGCACACAGCACAGCAAGAAACACCAUCGACUUCCCUGCAGAGCCUAGACCAGCACACAGCACAGCAAGAAACACCAUAGACAUCCAUGCAGAGCGUAGAUUAGCACACAGCAGAUCAAGCAACACCAUAGACUUCCCUGCAGAGCCUAGACCAGCACACAGCAGAUCAAGAAACGCCAUAGACUUCCCUGCAGAGCCUAGACCAGCACACAGGACAGCAAACAACACCAUAGACAUCCAUGCAGAGCGUAGAUUAGCACACAGCAGAUCAAGCAACACCAUAGACUUCCCUGCAGAGCCUAGACCAGCACACAGCAGAUCAAGAAACGCCAUAGACUUCCCUGCAGAGCCUAGACCAGCACACAGGACAGCAAACAACACCAUAGACAUCCAUGCAGAGCGUAGAUUAGCACACAGCAGAUCAAGCAACACCAUAGACUUCCGUGCAGAGCCUAGACCAGCACACAGCAGAGCAAACAACACCAUAGACAUCCAUGCAGAGCGUAGAUUAGCACACAGCAGAUCAAGAAACGCCAUAGACUUCCCUGCAGAGCCUAGACCAGCACACAGGACAGCAAGAAACACCAUCGACUUCCCUGCAGAGCCUAGACCAGCACACAGCACAGCAAGAAACACCAUCGACUUCCCUGCAGAGCCUAGACCAGCACACAGCACAGCAAGAAACACCAUCGACUUCCCUGCAGAGCCUAGACCAGCACACAGCACAGCAAGAAACACCAUCGACUUCCCUGCAGAGCCUAGACCAGCACACAGCACAGCAAGAAACACCAUAGACACCCAUGCAGAGCCUAGACCAGCACACAGCACAGCAAGAAACACCAUCGACUUCCCUGCAGAGCCUAGACCAGCACACAGCACAGCAAGAAACACCGACUUCCCUGCAGAGCCUAGACCAGCACACAGCACAGCAAGAAACACCAUAGACAUCCAUGCAGAGCGUAGAUUAGCACACAGCAGAUCAAGCAACACCAUAGACUUCCCUGCAGAGCCUAGACCAGCACACAGCAGAGCAAACAACACCAUAGACAUCCAUGCAGAGCGUAGAUUAGCACACAGCAGAUCAAGAAACGCCAUAGACUUCCCUGCAGAGCCUAGACCAGCACACAGGACAGCAAACAACACCAUAGACUUCCCUGCAGAGCCUAGACCAGCACACAGCACAGCAAGAAACGCAAAGCCUGCUGUCACAGCCAGGAAAUCAUAUAAGAAUCCACCCCGACCAGCAGAACCAUCAAACAAGAUGAAUCCUGCAAAAGGGACUCGGGUAUGAUAGCAGGCGAUGUGUUCACUGAGGUGUACAGCCUGCGGUAGGACAGGACAGUGAAAGCAUGGUUAAGCACAUUCACAGAAUCACUGGCACUGAAAGAGACGUGUGUGCACUUCUAGACUGUGUUAAGCCCUGAUUCUGGGUUAGGGAGGCGCGCAGUGCAGUAAAAGUGCAGUCUGAUUACAUUGUUCAGUGGCUUGUAACUGUGACGGUUCCAUAAUCAGACAGGCAGUGGAUUACAUGUCGAGUGAGAGAAUCACGUUGUGGAAUUGUGUAGUCUGAUAAUGGGAUGGGUAUCCGCUUCCCCUAUUGAGUGCCGUCAUAGUGUGGCCCGGACAUUUCGAUGUGGUGACAUUCACUGUCAUUAUGAAGCUGAAUUAGGGGAGUGUUACUAUCAAAUACUGGAGGACUCGCAACACUGUGUUAGCACAGAGGCUCCACAGUGUCUAUAUAAAAAAAUAAUAAUAAAAACACACACAGGAAAAAAGUUACAAGCUGAGGAAGCUGCUUUAAAAAGUUUUAAUACGAUCACGAAACGGGGAUGCUUUCAUUUUCAUAACUGACUGAACUGCAGGGAGGACCGAGGCUGAACAAAGGACUCGUCUCCAAAGCUGCUUGUUUGCCUUUGUGCCAAAAUAGAAGGUUAUUUAAGAAAAUUGAAAAUCACUGUAUGUCAUUUUAAAGAGCAGAUUCAAA